UGCCUAUUAUCCUGGAGUCAUUAACACAAUUGCAUAUCAUUAAAUACUAUUCGUACUGUGUCUUGAUCAAUACUAUAAUAUACAGUUAUAAUACCCGGCAUUAAAUACUGGGUGUUAUAUUUUGGAUACAUGAAUUUUUGGUGUUUAUGGCCAUUUGUUUUAUUACAUUUUGUCCGUUUGAUUCCAUUUUUAGAAGAAAUAGAUUUGCUAUUUAGUAUUGUGCGUGAUUUAAAGCUAAACUAUUGAACAAUAUUUAUACUUGACACUAUCAUUAAUCACAAUCACAGAAGAACAAUUACCCGGUACCAAAUACUGGGUGCUACAUUUUCUAGUGUAUAUUAUUUGAUUUGUGAUGGCCUUUAGUUGUUUUAUUAUGCUCAUUUGCUUUCAUUUUUGAUUGGGUGGAGAAAGAGAUUUAUUUGAUCAUAUUGUGGAGUGUGAUUGUGCUCAUUGUAGUAAGAAUUUUUUGGUGAGCAAGGAAAAUUAAGAUAAAUUGUUGUUUUUAAUCAGUUUUUCUGAUCAUUGCAUUUAGAUUGCAAGUUGUGUGUGUGUGUGUCACAGUUCAAUUGUAACUGAAUUUACUUUAAUUUAGACUUGACUUGGACAGUAAACUGACAUUGACGGACCAUGGCUGAGAGAACUGUUGAUUUAGGUUCAGCUUAUUUUGAGGAAAUGAAAACAUUGCAACAAAAUGUACAAAAACAAACACCAUUUCCUCAUCAGUACCCGUCAGCGCAACCAACUCAAGUGCAGACACGACCAAUUUCACAAUCACAACCAUUUCCUUACCAGUACCUAUCUGUGCAACCAACUGGUCCGUACCCACAAAUCCAACAGCCAUACCCUGGACAACCAUUGCAGUUCCCACCAUGGCAGGAAGGACCGCCACAAAAUGGGUCCCUAUACAGGUGGUACCCUUAUCCGCAGUGGUACCCGGCCCAAGGACAGUUACAGACUUUCACUAAUAUGGAGGGGCACCAAGGGAUCAGAAUACAAGCUGGUGUAACAAACCAUGGAUUCGCACCGGCAGGUACAGAUGUUCAACCGGCAGGCUCAAAUGUACAAACAAAUGUUCAACCGUCAGGCACAAGUGUACAACUUAAUGUUUUACCUGCAGGUACAAAUGUACAACCCAAUGUUCAACCGGCAAUUAAGGGCGUCAUCGUUCCCGAACGAGAGAAAAAUGCUUGUCGAACCCACCGACACGAUGAAAGACGACAAAGGUUGACCCAACAACCAAAGACACUUGUGUAUAGUGGAAAGGGUAGUUGGAAGUCGUUUAAAAGCAAGUUUAACCGCUAUGUGGUGGUGAAUGAUUGGAGUGAAAGGGAGAAGAAAGAUUAUUUGUGCUUGUGUCUCACUGACACGGCGAGGGAUUACCAUACACUUAUUAUCGAUAAGACACCAAAUAUUACCUACAACGCAAUCAUGGAGAAAUUGGAGAGGCGUUUUGGUUGCCAGGAAAUCCCCGAAACAGCUGAGAUUAAAGAGGGUGACCUCCCACUCGCAGAGAGCACGCCGAAAACAAAAGCAGUCCCUGAAGACAGUAACAAGUUCAGUAGUUUUUAUUCGUCUGGCUAUGUUACGGCUAACCAGUCUUUGGAAGUCAGCCCGGCCAGAGUACCUGUGAAGCAGCAGAUUGAUAUACCUGUUCAUUCACCCAACAAUCAGACAAGGGCAGGUAAUGUCACGUCUGGGGCUUCUGGUUCCAGCACUUCAUCCAUCUGCUCUGCGACAAACAAGGGCUCAUUCCGCACCAACAUGAGUUUCAGUCACAUGCAGGACAUUCUUUCAUCUGAUCUACACUCAGAGAUGGAUGAAGUUGAGAUGGACCUGAACAACGUCUCCAAGAGGGACCUGAUUGGCGUAUACAAAGACGUGGUACAAGAACGAGAUAAGUUAAAGUCGACGAUGAUUCAGUGUCAAGACCGCGCUUCCCGACAUAUCUCGGAGCUGAAAAAUCAGAUAGCCAUGGAACAGCAGGCAAAGAGAGACCUGGUGGUGAAAGUCAACCAGGAAAUAGAAGACAAAGUAGGGAUAAUAGAACUCUUGAAAGAGAGCAAAGAACAGCAGGCGGCUAUGCUCACUGAUAAAGCACGUGUUGACCAAGAAUUAAGGGAGCUGCAAGCCCAGUUUCAAAAACUGCAGAGUUCCAUCGAGAGUAAAUUACAGCAGCAGGUACAACAGGCACGGGAGAUGAUAGAACAGUUAAAGAAAGACAGACAGAUAGCUAUUGCAGAGAUGAAGCAGCAAGUGCAUGAGGAGAUUGAGAGAAAAGAUGGAGAAAUCUUAAGGUCAAGGUCACAGGCACAAUCACUUGGUCACGAAAACAUGCAGCUGAAGAAAUGCAUUGAACGGUUGGAGAAAGCUUCAACAAAUCAGUUGGAGAAAGCCCGAGUAAAUCAGUUGGCGACAGCUCGUGCAAUCUUCAAGCGUUUGAAAGCAGAGAAGUCGGAGGCCAUUGCUAAGAGGAAGUCGAGACUGACGGAGAACAAAAUGAAAGUGGAGAAAGAGAACCUGCAGAAGCAGGGCAAUGAAUUCCAGAAUGGGGUACGAGAAAAUAACCAACUGCAAACGAGACUGGCACAAAGUGAGGAAAAUUUCAGAAAGAUGAAUGAACAACACAACCACACAAUUCUGGAGAGAAGUGAGUUGGAUAUGUUGGUCCAUCAGAUGCAGGUUGAGGCCGAUAGACAGAAGGAGGAAUACGGGAGACCGGUUAGUGAAGCUGGUCACAUGUCAGAUGCUAGUCUUGCCCAGUUGGCUGCGUACCAUGAGAAAUACGAAGCUGAGAUCCUGAUCCAGCAUCAGACCACUUCGCAGAAGGCUGAAGAACAUGCAGCAGACCCUCAGGAGGUAGUCAGUGGAUACAAGGCUCAGAUAAAGGCUGCUAGGGAAGACCAAGAGAGGUUCAGUGAGUCAGCCAGUCAGGUCACUGAGUUACAGAAGGCUCCAGAAGGGGGACAAGCGCAGUUGGACAAACUCAACAGAUCUAGUGAAGACCAGGCAAGGUUCAGUGUAUCAGUCAGUCAUGCCACUGAGUUACGGAAGGCUCUUGAAGAGGGACAAGUUCAGGUGGACAAACUCAUCAUCACACUGAACACUCACAGAGCAGACCUCUUUCUCAAAGAGCAAGAGCUGGAGCAAAGUAGCAUGGAGUUCAGGACAAAGAUGGUUAAUCAUAGGGCAGGUGCAAAGAAUGGCAAUCAUGAUGUUUUGGCCAGGAAAACCAUCGUGGGUGAGUGUAACAAGUAUCACCUGGAUCUUGAUUUGGAGGACGUAGAUGAUGUGAUCCUCUUAACAAAAACAUGGAAUAAAAGACAUGACAAGACUAGGGAAAUAUGGGAUCCGGGUAUAGUCAAUACGAAGGAGGUUAUAAACAAGGUGGGUGAUCCGGUCAAUAGGCUGGAUACUUCACACUAGAAAGCAAAAUAAUACAAACAAUCCAUGGUUGAUCCGGUCAAUAUGCUGGAUACUUCACACUAGAAAACAAAAUAAUACAAACUAUCCAUGGGUGAUCCGGUCAAUAUGCUGGAUACUUUACACUAGAAAGCUAAAUAAUACAAACUAUCCAUGGGUGAUCCGGUCAAUAUGCUGGAUAUCGCACACUAGAAAGUGAAAUAAUACAAACUAUCGGUUAAAUGGAACGGACCGGGGAUGGUGACACGACUAAUAAUUAUCUUCUUAUCUAUACAUGCAUACUUACAGAAUUCACACUUUAGCCGUCUUUCACGCUCUGCAUUGUUAAAUGAUAGCAAUCAGUCAACAAUGUGACGGAUAUCAAAAACAUUAAAUACAUGUCACUUAAAUGUCACACACAUAGAACAAGAAACGGAAAAUAAACUGUGUUGUAUCUUAAUAUUAUUUUAUUUAGUUAUUUUCUUGCAUAAGAAUGUGGUCAAAACAAGGAAGCGUGAUCGUUUGAAAAUCUGUCAGGUAACUUAUAUCCCAAGUCAGGAAAUUGACCGACCGACUGGACACUUAGCUGUUGACAAUGAUGUAACCUAUUGUGUGUGUAGACAGCCAGAUGACGGUUUUAUGAUCGAGUGCGAUUGGUGUGAUGAGUGGUUUCACGGGAGAUGUGUGAAUGUGAGUGAGGAAGAAGGUGUGAGAAUAAAGAAGUAUAAGUGUCCGAAUUGUUGUAAGACGUAACUCGCUCGUGUGCUUGAAAAUUUAGUUUUAUAGUGGUUAUAGGUUUUAGCAUGUCUGAAUCCGGCUCUGUUGCUGGAGAAUAUAAAAAGGGUGUCAAUUAACUAGUAGAUAAUUCUGUUAGACAGUACAUUUAAGUUGAUGAUAUGCACUUGUAAAAUAACAUGUUUUAAAAUACCAUGUAUUCUUCCUUUAGUUGAUUUGUGUGAAGUAUUGUCUUAACUAUGACUACUGUAUCAAGAUCAUAAUGUUUAAUCUGUUGAUAAAAGGAAUAUUUGGAGUAAAUGCUUUUAUACUAUUUCGAAAUAACUUGUUAAUAUUAAAUGUGAUUAGGAGAACUCUCAAGAAUUAUUAUAAGUUACAGAAAUU